CGGCACGAACGAACUACCCUAUUGGCUCUUUUAGCAUUUGCAUGUGUUACCUACUUAGAUAGACAUACGAAUAGGAGUUAUAGCAUCAUCUAAGGUGUUACUGGGCAUCAUUUUCACGAAAUCCCAAGAUCCCAUCAAAUAUUUCACGACAUACGACUAGGAGGAGACCAUCAGAGUGCCAAGAGAAUGGAAUCGUCUAUUCAGGAUCAUCCUAAAUUAGCCAUUAUCGGUGCUGGUAUCGGCGGUUUGGCCCUCGCUAUCGGCCUUAUCAAGCGUAAUAUACCUGUGACAGUUUACGAUGCGGCUGAACAAUUCUCUGCCGUCGGAGCCGGCAUUGGUUUAGGUCCCAACGCUUUGAAUGCUAUGGACCUGGUCGAUAAUGUAUUCCGGGAAAAGUAUGACGAAGUCAAGACGCAAAACGAGAAGUCGGAAUUCGAGCACAGCAUCUUCGACGCGUUAUAUGCUGAAGAGGGAUUUGGUCAAAAGCGGGGAUGGACUCGCGGUCUUGUUGGCGCCCCUUAUUUCACACGAAGCAGUGCUCACCGCAAGGAUUUAUUAGAGAUCAUGAAGAGCUUCAUCCCCGAAGGAUCUGUUAAGUUCAAAAAGCGCGCGAUAUCUUUCGAACAGGUGGCAAAGAAAGUCCAUAUCAAGUUCGAGGAUGGCACAUCUCAGACGGUUGACGCGGUCAUAGGCUGUGAUGGUGUGAAGGGACUUACACGCCAAGCUGUCUUGGGCGAGACGGAGCCAGAAGAAGUCCAGCCAGCUUUCAUGGGCAUGUAUAUCUACCGCGGCAUCGUCCCAAUGUCAAAAGCAAAGGAGAUACUCGGAACCCAUGCUGGGGAUGCUAAGUUUUUCAUGGCUAAAGGGAAAGCCCUAGCUGCUUAUCCAAUAUCCCGUGGACAAGACAUGAACCUUGUAUUCUUCGUGACGUAUGACAAGCCUUGGACUCAAGGAGAUCGUGCCAUAUCUUGCACGAAGGAAGAGAUGAUUGAAGACCUGAAAGGGUUCGAUCCUAAACUGCUCAAGCUCUUAGAUUAUUGCGGACCUCUUAGAUGGCCAACAUGGCAUCAUCCAAAAACAUCUAGGUAUUAUAAGGGGCGGAUCUGCUUGCUAGGUGAUGUCGCGCAUGCAAGCAGCUCUCAUCAGGCAGCUGGUGCUGGUCAAGGACUAGAAGAUGCGGCUGUGCUUUCUCACCUCCUUACCCUCAUUAAAACGCCGGAUGAACUCGAAACCGCCUUCCAAGUGUAUGACGCGAUCCGACGACCACGAGCCCAGAAGGUCGUCUACACAAGCUUCGAGGCGGGACUUAUCUACACAUGGCAACAUCCGAAGAUCGGGGAUAAUAUGGAGGCGAUCAAAGACAACGCGAAUGAAAGACUGCAUUGGAUCUGGCAGCACGAUCUUAAAGCGGAUAUCCAGAAAGCUGAGGAUGAUUUCCACAGGUAAGUACCAGAGCCUCAAACCAGAUCACGCCAUAAUAACACGACAAAGGCUACUCCAACGAUAAGAUCCGACAACCUGCGAACCCCCGAUAUCAUUAAUUUCAUUCUCGGGGAAACGACUUAGAUUGGUUAUUCAUGAAUGUUACCUUACCUACCUAUACUUAUACCCCAACAUACCUACAUUAGCAUACCGACACC